AGCAGCCUCUUGUGGAGUCACACUCCUCAUCUUGGCUAAAUCUAGAUCAAUCUGUGAUUUGGUAAGAUUAUUAAUAUCAUUCCCAUCAGCUUUAGGAGAAACCCUCUAUUGCGUUCGCUCCAUAAGUAACAAGGAGGGGUGUCUUUUAUUGUCAGAUAACUCUGAAGUUGGUACAAUUCUGUAGUUACAUUUCAUCUGCAAAAGCAAUAACAAACCAUAUCAUUCAAAGCCCAGAAGCAUAUAAAUUUAGAAAAUAAGACAGAAUGACUCUCAGAAAACUUUACUCGUUCAAAAUGUCUUUAAGGCAAAUCAUGAUACGACUAUGUUGCCAUGUUAUGAUGACUCUUGGUAAUGCCUUUGAGGCAGAUCAAAAUAACAAAUGCGGAGUUGAGUCAUCGAGGUCCCAAACCAAAUAACUAUGUAGAGCAUGUUUUAAUUGACAUCGGCAGAAGAUUGAAGUAUGGAACUCGGGUACAUAUCAAGAAUAUGAAUUGUAUGCGCAAUCCAUACCACUAACAACCGUGGAUAACAUAAAUUCAUUUUUGUUUCUUCAACAUGCUCUCUAACCAUUACAGCUAAGCCAAAUAUAAACUCAAUUCUCCACUUCUCGAACCAUGGCAAUGUGUCAUAAUUUUCAACGAUACCAACUCCUGUGGGCCCUAGCUUAGCAUGAUUUCUAUUAGUGUGGUAUGUUUAGCCUUUAGUACAUGUUCCUCUGUUUCCUCUAUAUUUUUCCAUAACUUUAAAUCACUAAUCUUUUAAGUUCAUCAGUGGUUGGUUUUUUCAAUGUUGCACCUUACUUUUGCAAUGAUUUUAGGUAAUUAGAACUUCUAGAUGUAAUUUAGGAGGGCAAGAAAGUAUUUUGAUAUCUUGUGUCAAGUGUUCAUAAAUGCUUUAGUUAAGCGAUACCAAUAUAUGCAGGCCCUAUUCACAAGUUCUAGCUUUCUCACUGAGAACUUCAAGGGGUCAGUGACAUUGAUCGAUGGAUUCUUUUCCUAUCAAGAGGUUCGGUCAAAGAAUUUGUACUUGAAAUAUGGAAGGGACACCGUUACAAGUUACCUUUUUCUUUAUUCAUUUGCCAAAAGUUAAUACAUUUAGAGCUCGACUGACAUUGAUGAACUUUGAUGGUCUCAGCCAUCUUAACAUUUGUGCUCCAAAUCUCCUAUUUUUUUAUAUUGGAGGUGUGUUUGAAGAUGUCAGUCUUGAGAAUACCUUCCAUCUAGCUAUUGUAUCCAUUGGUCUGUAUGUAAAUGCUGGAUAUGAGCAAAAUGAGAUCCUUGGCAACACUAGCAACAUGAUCAAGUUUUUUGCUCAUAUGCCUUGCAUUCAAAAGCUUGUGAGGAGAGAAUACCGUUUUUAUAUUGUUGAUACCAUUGUUCUGUGCAUUCCGUUUGUAUAUAAUAUUUUGGCUGCUAGUAAGGUGCCAGGAAGGCUGCCUACACCAUGUAUUGAGCUGAACUACCUUUCUAUAUGCAUAAAUUUCAAUGAUGUGGAGGAGAAUUUGGCAGCCCUGUGUCUUCUUAGAAGUUGUCCUCACAUUCAAGAGCUUGAGAUGUUGGCUCGGCCUGAGGAACAGACUUGUGUGCAAGCAGUUGCUAACAUUUUGGAAGAAGAUUAUUUCAGUUGUGCAUUCAACCAGCUGCACUUGUUAAAAUAA